GUAGGGGUGUGACGAUGCGUGACAACCAGUUGCAAAAGCCUUGUGUCACCUGCUGCUAACUAGCUUCUUUUUCAGCACAAGUGGGUGCCAGGACGCAUACAAACGUCUCUUACAUUUCAUAACAGUUGAUAUACAGCCAUGUUCGCCACGCUUCGAUGCUUUGGCAAGUAAUGAGUUAGCCGCCCAUCAGUACUGGGGAGGAGCGCAUGUGAGGACAUAACGUUAGCUCAUAUUUAGUUUUUAUUAGUUGCAAAGCCGAGGAAAGGAAUGAACCACAAGAGUAAGAAGAGGAUUAAAGAGGCCAAAAGGAGCGCCAGACCAGAGUUAAAGGACUCAUUAGACUGGAUUAAGCACGGUUACCAUGACACCUUCGACUUGUCACACAACACCGUGAAGGACAAUGUUGAACGAGUGGAUGCCUUACGUCUGAGCCCUGAAGACUUCAUCCAGCACUUCGAGAAGCCCUACAAGCCUGUGGUUCUGCUCCGCUGUCAGGAAUCUUGGCCCGCACGGGAAAAAUGGACUCUGGAGCGUCUAAAACGCAAGUAUCGCAACCAAAAGUUCAAAUGCGGUGAGGAUAACGAUGGCUACUCUGUGAAGAUGAAGAUGAAAUACUACGUGGAGUACCUGGAAAGCACUCGAGACGACAGCCCGCUUUACAUCUUCGACAGUAGCUACGGCGAGCAUGCCAAACGCAGGAAGCUGCUUCAGGACUACCAGGUGCCCGUCUUCUUCACUGAUGACCUCUUCCAGUUUGCAGGAGAAAAGCGCCGCCCGCCGUACAGGUGGUUCGUGAUGGGCCCUGCCCGCUCUGGCACGGGCAUCCAUAUUGAUCCACUGGGAACCAGCGCCUGGAAUGCUUUGAUCCAGGGUCAUAAGCGGUGGUGCCUGUUCCCCACCAACACGCCCCGAGAGCUUAUCAAGGUGACCCGAGAAGAUGGUGGCAAUCAGCAGGACGAGGCGAUCACCUGGUUCAAUGUGGUUUACCCACGCACGCAGCAGCCCAGCUGGCCUCCAGAGUUUAGACCGCUGGAGAUCCUGCAGAGACCUGGAGAGACGGUCUUUGUGCCUGGUGGAUGGUGGCACGUUGUGCUCAAUCUGGACACGGCCAUCGCUGUCACACAGAACUUUGCCAGCACCACCAACUUUCCCAUUGUCUGGCACAAAACCGUUCGAGGUCGGCCCAAAUUGUCCAGGAAGUGGUACCGGAUUCUGAAACAGGAGCGGCCCGAUCUGGCAACUCUAGCCGACCGAGUUGACCUGCAGGAGUCGACUGGCAUCGCAUCAGACAGCUCCAGUGACUCGUCGUCAUCCUCAUCCAGCUCGUCCGACUCAGACUCAGAUGAGGACUUGUGCUCCGAGGGUGAUGGCGUGUCCCACCGCAGGAAGAAGAGACGCAUGUGCAACAUGGCGGCCAACGGGAACACACAAAGUCAGGACGACUGUGUCAGCAAGGAGAGGAGCUCGUCACGGUGAAGACCCCCACACCAAAGU